CUGUUAGAUGCGGAUAACGUGAAAGUCAACAUUUUGGAAGGAGGUGGAUGGUUGAUGCGUAAUAGGGUUUGAGACCAUCCACCAAGAUGCUGCCUGGCAUUGGCGUGUUUGGGAAUACCAUAACUAUUCGCUGCCUUGUGCCAAUCCUACGAUCUUGCGGGUUCAACGUUGUGGCAUUGUGGGGCAGAACACUAGCUGAGGCAGAGGAUCUCUCAAAACAAUUGGGUAUUCCCUUUCACACCAACAAAGCCGAUGAGGUUUUACUGCACAAGGAUGUGGAUUUAGUUGUCAUCAGUUGUCCUCCUCACCUUCAGUGGCCCAUUGCUGUCAAAGCCCUCGGAAUCGGCAAACAUGUUCUCUGUGGGUCACCAGCAGGUCCCAGCCAAGUUGACGCCUUUCGGAUGGUCAGCGGGGCGCGGUACUACCCAAAAGUUCUCUCCCUUUUGUGCCAUGGACUUCGUUUUCUUCCCACACUAAUCAAAAUGAAACAGCUAAUAGAGGAUGGGUAUUUGGGAGAGGUGACCAUCUGUGAGGUGCGAGUUCACUUUGGCAGCCUCAUGAAGGAUAAAUUUGAUUGGACGUGUGAUGAGAUGAUGGGCGGUGGAGUUUUGAACACGCUGGGAAGUAACAUCAUCGACAUCAUCUCCUUUCUAACCAAACAGUUUGCCACCAGAGUGCAUGGGAUGCUGAAAACCUACACCAAACAGACAGAAAAGAUAAGUGGUAUAAGGGAGAUAACCAGUGAUGAUUUUUGCACAUUUCAAAUGGAGUUGAACCAAGGAGCUUGUGCUACUAUCACCCUGAAUACGCACAUGCCAGGACAGUUUGUUCACGAAAUAUUGGUUUGUGGGACAAAAGGGCGGCUUAUUGCGAAAGGAGCAGAUCUAUAUGGACAGAAAAACGACGGUUUGCGAGAGGAACUUAUUCAUUUCGAUCCUAUCAAUUUUAAAGAGGAGGAACGAUAUGGAAUCUGCGAGAAGACUCGUCAUGCAAUACCAACUCCUUACUUGAAGGGAAUGAUUCAUCUCAUAGAGGCGAUGCGAGAAGCAUUUGAACAAGAGGAUGAGCGUCAGAAGUGGUGCAUUGGUCCUGUAUCCAGGGCGGCCACGUUUGAAGAUUCUCUCUACAUUCAAACCGUUAUUGAUGCCAUUCGAAAGUCCACUAAAGUCAAAGAGUGGGUGAAAGUUGUGUUGAUGACAGAAGAGCCUGAUCCUAAUCCCUUUAUGUCAGGCAAAAUACACAAGAGCAACUACUCUCUUCACUAAAUCAGGGAUGAAUCGCUUUAAACAUGAGUAGGGCCAUCAUUAAAAAUACGUUUGUGGGAUAACCAAAAUAGGGUCCUACUCUAAAAGUUUUUAUCGGGAUUGAUGGAAUUUCUGAUUUUGUUUUAUUUUUCUCUUAAUAUUACUAUAUUUCACUCAAAAUUUAGCAUUUUUCAAGUCACACAUUUUACUUGCUUCUGAUUGAAUCAUUCACCUAAUAGGUUUAUCUCAAAGAUUCAUAGAUCAUAGAAAAUCUCACGUGUUGACAUCAAAAGUAGCAUUUUAUGUUUUUUAUGUCUUUCUGAAAGUGCAUUUUUCUAUGCCAAACUUUUGAUGAAAUACAGUAUUUUUCUUGAAAUCCCUAUCUUUUCCAUUAGCUAAGAUGUAAAAAAAAAAUCUUUUUCAACGCAUGGCCUAGAUAUGAGGAAUGUGGAGCAACCUUGGAAGAAUAUUACUAUGUCAUGACCAUUAAUAC